AGUAAAGCACAGAAUUGCUAUCAUAACCCGCCCAGGAUCUGGUUCCAAGCACCUUUUCAGCCCCGCUGGCUUCCCCGCGGCGGGUUCCAGUCCCUGUUUCUUCCCUACGGGUGCAGGUCUGCCUUAACACGGCAGAGCUGGAAAGCAGGAAGUAAGUAGGGGGAAUCAUGUGUGUAACACGAAGAGGGAGUCGAGGGGGGGUGUCCAGGGCGCAGCUUUUGCUUUCGCUGGAGUCGCUAAAGGGAGAAUCUCUCCCACCCCUGGACCAGGAGAGCGGCGGACCUGCGAGCAGAGCCCCGCGGAUGCCUGGCUGGGGGGGACCCCGUGGGACGAAGCCUGUUGGGGUGCCUGCUUCUCAGCGAGAGCUCCGAGCCUGGGCUGGUGUGGCCCGUUUCCCAUGGGGUCGGUUCGGAGCUGGGAGACCGGAGUAAUAAUCCUGCACCUGGUGCUCGGCGCGGGCUUGGGAUCUUACGUGCUCCACGUGGAUGUGUCGCAGUUCGAAAGGCCCCUGAAGCACUUCUGGAAAAGCACUGGCUUCUGUCCUCCUCUACCUCACAGCAGAGCGGAUUUAUUUGACCUCAGUAAAGACCAAGAGCUGAACCUUGCCUAUGUGUCUUCGGUACCACAUGGCGGCAUUGAACAAGUUCGAAUUCACUGGUUACUGGAACUCAUUACUGUUGGCGUGACAAAUGGAAAACUUCACUACAACUUUACCAGUCUGGAUAACUUGAUGGAUCUUCUCUGGAAAAACAAACUCAUUCCAGGAUUUGAAUUGAUGGGAAGCCCUUCAGGAUACUUUACAGAUUUUGAAGACAAAAAACAGGUUAUAAGAUGGAGGAGCCUAAUUGCACUUCUGGCCAAGAGAUAUAUAGAUAGAUAUGGAUUGGAACAUGUUGCCAAAUGGAAUUUUGAAACUUGGAACGAGCCAGAUCACCAUGACUUCGAUAAUGUGUCUAUGAGUGUCAAAGGGUUUCUCAAUUAUUACGAUGCAUGCUCAGAAGGGUUAAGAGAAGCUAGUUCUCUACUGAAAUUUGGAGGCCCAGGAGAUUCUUUCCAUCCAUUCCCAAAGUCGCCCAUCUGCUGGAGUCUUCUACAUCACUGCUACAAUGGAACCAACUUCUUCACUGGAGCGACUGGUGUGAGGUUGGACUACAUAGCCCUACAUAAGAAGGGAGCUGGAAGUUCUCUUCACAUCUUAGAGCAAGAAACAGAAGCAAUGGAGCAAAUUCAGAAGUUAUUCCCAAAUUUCACCUCGGUUCCUGUAUACAAUGAUGAAGCAGACCCACUCGUUGGAUGGUCAGUUCCACAAACGUGGAGAGCUGAUGUGACCUAUGCAGCCAUGGUGGUGAAGGUAAUCAUCCAACAUCAAAACCUGCUCAUUUCCAAAGCCAACAACACUAUCAACUACACUUUGCUGAGUAACGACAAUGCCUUCAUGAACUACCAUCCGCAUUACUUCACCCAGAGAACGCUGACUGCCCGAUUUCAGAUGAACAACACAAAGCCACCUCAUGUCCAGAUGGUGAGGAAGCCUGGGCUGACCGUAAUGGGAUUGCUGGCACUGCUAGGGGAAAACCAAGUUUUUGCAGAUAUUAUCAGCAAAGGUGAAAGUGCCGACACCGACACUGUUGGAGUACUAGCCACCGUGCACACUCCUGCAGAGCUACAGCCGUCAGACAGCUGGCAGGCCACCAUACUGAUCUACGCUAGUGAUGACAACCGGACAUCCUCUAACAUCAGUGCUGUGACAGUGAACGUUACCCGUUUCCCCAGGCAUGCAGAGCUUGUGUAUGUGACAUACUACCUGGACAACAACCUAACCAAUCCCUAUUUGGAGUGGAAGAAAGUAGGAAGCCCCGAUUUUCCUUCUGUAAAGCAAUUCCAACAAAUAAGGGAUGCCGAGGACCCGGUGGUGACCGGACCAUUCCCAUUUCCUGGGGACGGCCGCCUGAUCUUGAAACAGGAACUCCCGCUUCCGUCGGUCUUCCUCAUCCAUGUCUGUGCAAGACCUCACUCUGGUCCCAAUCAAGUGACAGGCGUUCACUUGAUCCCUCUGACAAAGGGGCAGGUUGCAGUACUUUGGGACGAUGAGUGCGUGGAUUCCAAAUGUCUGAAAACAUUCGAAGUUGAGUUUUCAUCGGACAGAAAAGCAUACAGACGGAUUAAUGCCAGAGACACGAUCUUCACACUCUGGGUCUACAGUCCAGGAACCACGGUCUCGGGCUUUUACAGAGUGCGUGCCGUCGACUACUGGAGCAAGCCAGGCCACUUCUCCAUUCCUGUGCAGUACAUUGAAGCUCUCGCAUGAGUGCAAAACCAUCCAACCGCCAGAAGAGAAAUCUGCAUCUGUCUCCAGCCCGUAGCAGAGUGGGGUCAUGCUGCUGCAAACGACAACCCGCUGAUGAAACCCCAGCCUCACUAGUAAGGGAAUUAGCGGGUUAGCCUACAACACUGCACUCCUGUUCUCGCUGCGAACCCUUUGGAGCUUGAAGACAAGUGUCGUCCCAAACAGUGUUUAAAAGUGAAGAAGAAAUAACUGCCUUGGCCUGGCCUCUUAUACGCUGGUGGAACUCAAGUGGUUGCAAUAGAGCUAGUCUGUCCGAAUACUGGGGUAACCGGAGCCCGGUGUCGAUGUAUGGAGCCAACAACUCACGCCCCUGGGCCUAGAGGACAGUGUUCUCCUGUGAGGGUAGGGGAGGCUGGGACUGAAUUUCCUCACCGGAUCUGCAGUCCUGGUUGGAUGUGGGAUACUGGCCGGCUGGGCUGCUGCUGGGUCCAACGGGUGAACAGAACAGCCUCUUCUGUGGCUGGAGUUCUUCUCCCCGGCUCCCCGGAUUAGUACAGUCCCUUUCCCCGGAGGAUGCUGGGACUUCAGUGCAGUCUGUUGUCCCGCUAUAGCAGGGAGUACAACCUUCCUCACCCCUUUGUGCAGCAGCUUCCAAGCAGCCAUUUGCUCACUCUUGGGCCCCCGCCUGCGUGAGCAAAGUCCUUCCGCCUCAGGGGGUCUGCAGAUACCUUCCCCCCGCCCGGCAGGGCCUCACCAGCACAGCCGCUGGCCUCUUUCAUUCUCCCUUCUGCUCAGAAGGUUCAAGCCACCUUCCCUCGCUGGAUGUUCAACCCCACUGGUCUUCUCAGGCCCUGUCUCGGCCCCUCACAGCAGGGAGCCCCAUAGCGCCAGCUCAGAGCUGGGUCUCUGGAGAGUAUCCCCAGACAGCGCCUGUUCUCACCUCACCUUCCUUUACACUGCACUUUUAAAUCCUACUUCCCUCUUCCCAGCAGGCCUUGCUGCCUCCCUCCCAGUCACGUGCUCCUGCUGCUGACUACAACCCCCAGUGUGCCUUGUCUUUAAACUAACCAAGGCCUUGUGACAGAAAUCCUGGGCCAUGGCUACCCUCAUGGCCAGCAAAAUGUUUGUUAGAGAGGAUCCCAUUAGAGGCUUUUAUAAAUUUAUCGGAUUUGGCAUUACAUGCUUUUGUAUGUGACAGAUGGCUGAUAAUGGACACGUUUUAACUAGAAAAUCUACCCAUAGGAAUGGUGUAUUUUGCACUAUUUUACAGCAGAUUAUAGCCUCACACAAAACAAAGGAGUAAUGAAUAUUGAGUUCAGUAGAGAUGGGGAAUAUUUGUCAGAUUAAAUUUUUUCACCAAAAAUGGGUAUUUGGGUCGAACAAAACAUCGCCUGAGUUCGUGUCAAAUUUGCCAGAUUGUUUUGGUCGGAAAAGAAAACAAAAAACCCCAAACAGAUGGAACAUGUUUCAAAACAAAACAUUUUGAUUUGGAUUCAAAACAACUUUGUUCUGAAUUUUGCUUCAGUUUUAUUUCAAAAGGUAAAAACGCCAACAAAACAAAGUGUAGUUUGACCUUGAUCUGAAAGAUGGUGGCCCCCAAACUGAAAAAUCUGCUACUUUGCACAGUUCUAGGUGAGACCUCUGUGCACAUGCUAAUGACUAUUUUAUAACUCAAAGCGCUUUGUGGGUUUAAUCUGGUCCCUCAUAACUGGAGCACUUUGUAUUGUGUUUUUUUAAAGUACUCAGAGAGGGAAAGAUCACUGCAGUGAAAAGAGCUAGGCUGUUUUACAAUGGAGGAACAAGCCUCUGUUAUGAACAUAUUCUCUGUGAUGAUAUAAAAUACCUCACCAGUAUAACAAAGCAGGCAUACUUGAAUUGCAAUAUGAAAUCAGCGGUACAGUAAAAUGGAGGAAGCAUUCGGCAUUGUGGAUUCAAAGGCGAUUGGUCCACCUCCACAUUUGAGGGUCAGGAUUGUGUGUCUGCCAUCAGCAAUCCCCCCACCACCACCACCACCAAUAUGUGUUUUGUACCGCUACCUCAUUGAUAGGCCUAGGUAACAACCACUAAGAUGGAGUUAAGAUGGUUGAGAGCAGCGGUCAUGUACUCCUUGUACACACUAGGUUGCAGGACUGCUACUAGCGGGUCAGACGCCUGUACAAGAUAUGGACUGGCUAUAGCAUUUUCACCGUGGAGAGAGAUACCAGAGAUGUGUUCUCUUAACUAUACAAUGCACUGCCAGAUCUGGCUGUUCCCAGCUCAGGAAAGGUAUGUUAUGCAUGAGACCACCUAGUGGCUGAACAUUAUAAUACCGUGUAAGCAUUUCAUCGCUGUAGAGCUCAGUAAUUCAGAGGAAAAUACGCUAUAGGGAUGUUGUACGUGUUCCCAUACAGAUCAUCAAAACCAGAAAAGACAGUUACCGUUAAACUUAAAAGACAUCCAACAAUGUUAAUGCAUAGAAAUGCAGAGUUAAGGCCCCUUAAUUCUGCAUCCUGAAGUGAGACCUUGCGGAGGGGGAAACUUUUAGCUUUCAAAAGAAAUUAUCCAAUCAGGGGCCCCAAGCACUAUACUAACCUUAAUCAAGGUAGGUAUUUGCCAUGGUUUCUGCUGAAGGAGAAUUUAAGUUAAGAAUAGGGGGGAGCUGACAUUCAAAAUACUCAAGUGUAGCUCACGCCCAAGAGUUCAAUGAGUUAACUCCAUGAGACGUUAGAAGAGUCUAAGAGGGCAAAAUUAAAGUUGAGUGGUUGUCCUAACUAUGCACUUCCAUACCUUAAAAUACUCCUGCCUCUUCCUUCUUGCCAUACACCUGUGUGUGCGUACAACCCAAAUCCCUCUCCCUCCUGCACCUCUAGCUAUACAUACUGACACCCGAAUACCCCGCUCCUGCCUGUAUAACCCCUUGAGGAGCUUUGGUGCAAUGAGAAGCUUUUGAAAAGGUACUUAAUGAUAAGUUGCCAUUAUUUUCCAUAACUGAAAGUUUGUCAUGAAGAAAGGCCCACCUUCCGAAUGGCCAUUCAUUGUUCUCAGCAUGAGCAAAGCAACAUCUGCCUGGAGGGAGGUGGGGGAGAGGUGGCAGGUUGGCAAGUCCGUGAUGAUGAAAUGGUAGCACUUGGAAAGAGGGCGGUUCACUCUCAUCUCUCUCAGCCUCUGCUGACCAAGAAAUAGAAUUCUAGGAGCUUGGCUCUAAUCCACAGAUGGAGCAGCUAACAUUCCUCAGACUACUCUACUUCAAUGGGCAAGUGUCUUUCAAAUCCUUAGCUAAAUGCCACUGCAGGCGUAUAAUGCCAUAGGCUGGUUCAGUGUUUAUAGGAAGGCUGGCUUAGCCAAUGAAUUCCAUAGGGUGGUUUUUUCUUUAUAAGUUCUGUAGUAAUGAAACUAUUAUGAUGUUCCCGUAAGGAUCCGUCACAGGCUCCCGCUCCUUGAAAUUCUAUCCUGAACGGUUACUCUAGUAUUUCCUCCCUCCUAUACACUGCUAUGAGCUAUACUGAAUUCCCCUCCCCCAGUGCUUCCUGACUUAUAGACAUGGGGGAUUCCAGGAGCUCAGAGAAUCCAUAGCCCUGAAUGGGAGUUGCAGGCGCUUAGCAGCUCUGAAAGCUCAGGCUUGGGGUUACCCUACUUCAAACAUACUGGUGUAGCUUUUGCUGCAUGGAAAAUUUCAGCCCAAGUGGAUAAAAUCUAAAAGCACUGGAAACGGCUAUUAUAAUGGGCAGUGUCCAGCAACCUUCACCACAAGCAUUGCUACCCACUCUUCCUAUAAUGCUUUUCAUUAUCUAGGCCCCUGCUGGGGAAGCCCUAAGCCCCCAGGAUGGUGGCACCCUUAUUCCUCCCUCCUCGGGGCUUCAGUGACUCACCAUAAGAACAGUGGGUCCGAGGUUCUUUGUGCACAGUGCCUUCACCUGUGACAGACAACCGCUGUGAUUUCUAGGACAUCCCGGUUUAUCAUGAGGGAAUAUCAAAGACAAUAGAGAAGGAUAAACAAUGUUUGAUUCUUGUAAAGGAUGGGGAUAAAUUAAAAGACUAGAAAGGGAAUUGGCUCCAGGAUGUCAAAUAACUGACCCAUCCCAUUGCACUCUGAAACAUGCCCACUAACAAUAAUGCACAGGCUCCCCCCUCCCACAGGCUUAGCUGGAUGUGAAGGGUGGGUGUCCCUUGCUGGGACACUGACAGCCCUUGCUUCUGGCUGCAAUGGGCCUCUGGUGCCCUCAAGUCCUGGGCCCUGGCAUAGGGGUUCUGCAGGGCACAGCAGAUAGGCAGUUCUCGCCGGUGCAGCGGAGUGUUGGGGCGCAGUUGCUGUCAUGGAGCUGGGAGAUGUAAGUAAUGCCUGGCACGGGGCUAAACACUCCGUACUCUCUCCCUGUCUGCUGAGGUCGUUCAGUGUUGGCGGGAUUGUUUAUCUGCUUAGCAGAUUUGUUAAUAAAGGGACUUGUGAUAAAUUGCA